CCUGUGAGCGCCCCGGAGGGUGCAAGCAAGGCGGGAGGCGGGCGCUCGGGGCGCGGCCAGCAGCUCCCUGGUGGGGCGCACCGGCAGGGCUGGCUGGCCUUUGGCUGCUGCUUUACAGACCGCCAGGCGAAAUGGCGGGACGGAGGACUGUGGCCCGGAUCGGGCCCGGGGCGCUGCUGGCUCUGCGCGCUCUGCUGGCCGCCGCGCACCCGCAGUGCUUGGACUUCAGGCCGCCCUUCCGGCCGCCGCAGCCGCUGAGCUUCUGCGCGCAGUACUCCGCCUUCGGCUGCUGCACCGCGGAGCAGGACGCGGCGCUGGCCCGGCGCUUCCGGGCCCUGGAGACCCGCAUGGAUGCCGGGGUGUGGGCGACGUGUGCCGGCUACGCGCUGGACCUGCUGUGCCAGGAGUGCUCGCCCUAUGCAGCUCAUCUCUACGACGCUGAGGAUCCUGCCACCCCGCUUCGGACAGUACCUGGUCUGUGUGAGGAUUAUUGCCUGGACAUGUGGCAGACCUGCCGAGGCCUCUUCCGUCACCUCUCCCCUGACCGUGAGCUCUGGGCUCUGGAGAGCAACCGGGCCAAAUUAUGCCGCUACCUGUCCCUAGAUGAUACCGACUACUGUUUCCCAAGCCUGCUGGUCAACGAGAACCUCAACUCGAACCUGGGCCGUGUAGUGGCUGAUGCCAAGGGCUGCCUGCAGCUGUGUUUGGAGGAAGUGGCCAAUGGACUUCGAAACCCGGUUGCCAUGGUACAUGCCGGGGAUGGCAGCCACCGCUUCUUCGUGGCAGAGCAAGUGGGGCUGGUGUGGACCUACCUGCCUGACCGCUCCCGCCUGGAAAAGCCCUUCCUGAAUGUGAGCCGAGCUGUGCUGACAUCACCCUGGGAAGGGGAUGAGCGUGGCUUCCUGGGCCUUGCCUUCCAUCCCCGCUUCCCACAUCCCAGCAAGCUCUACGUCUACUAUUCUGUGGGGGUCGGCUUCAGAGAGUGGAUCCGUAUCAGCGAGUUCAGAGUCUCAGAGGAUGAUGAGAACACCGUGGAUCAUGGCUCAGAGAGGAUAAUCCUGGAGAUUGAAGAACCAGCUUCCAAUCACAAUGGGGGCCAGCUGCUCUUUGGGGAUGACGGCUUCCUCUACAUCUUUACUGGAGACGGAGGGAUGGCCGGAGACCCCUUUGGGAAGUUUGGAAAUGCACAGAACAAGUCGGCGCUGCUGGGCAAGGUCCUGCGCAUCGACGUGGACCGCAGGGAGCGCGGCCUUCUCUACGGCAUCCCUCCCGACAACCCGUUCGUGGACGACCCGGGAGCGCGGCCCGAGGUCUACGCCCUGGGCGUGCGCAACAUGUGGCGCUGCUCCUUCGACCGCGGAGACCCAAUGUCUGGCACUGGCCGUGGGCGCCUGUUCUGCGGGGACGUGGGCCAGAACAAGUACGAGGAGGUGGACCUGGUGGAGCGGGGCCGUAACUACGGCUGGCGUGCUCGCGAGGGCUUCGAGUGCUACGACCGCAAGCUGUGCGCCAACGCCUCCCUCGAUGACGUGCUGCCGAUUUUCGCCUACCCGCACAAGCUGGGCAAAUCAGUCACGGGAGGCUACGUGUACCGGGGUUGUGAGUAUCCCAACCUCAAUGGCCUCUACAUUUUUGGCGAUUUCAUGAGCGGGCGACUCAUGUCUCUCCGAGAGAACCCAGAGACAGGCCAGUGGAAGUAUAGCGAGGUCUGCAUGGGUCGUGGACAGACCUGUGCUUUCCCAGGACUCAUCAACAACUACUACCCACACAUCAUCUCCUUCGCAGAGGACGAGGCUGGGGAGCUGUACUUCAUGUCCACGGGUGUGCCCAGUGCCACAGCUGCACGAGGGGUCAUCUACAAAGUGAUGGAUCCCUCCAGACGGGCACCUCCAGGUAAAUGUAAGAUACGCCCUGCUCAGGUGCAGGUGAGGAGUCGUCUCAUCCCUUUUGUGCCCAAGGAAAAGUUCAUCCGGACGCAAGAGAGCACUCCGCGCCCCACGGCCCGCGCUCCCACUAAGGCGCCCCGCCGCAGGCGCCCCACGGCUGCUCCCCCAGCGCCCACCCCGCGACCCACAAAGCCCGCAAGGCCCACCGGGCGACCAGGGGCCCGGAAGGGAGGCGGGCGACGGCGGGGACGUCCGAGUACCGCGGUCCCCGAGCCCCAGAACGGCUCGGUGCGUCUUGUACGGCCGGCAGGCCUGAGCCCCGGCCGCGGCCGCGUAGAAGUGUUCGUAGGCGGACGCUGGGGCACGGUGUGCGACGACGCCUGGGACACCAAGGCGGCCGCGGUGGUGUGUCGCCAGCUGGGCUUUGCGCACGCGGUGCGAGCCGCCAAGCGCGCGGAGUUUGGCGAGGGCCGCGCGCUGCCGAUCUUGCUGGACGAUGUGCGCUGCGCGGGCAGCGAGCGCAACUUGCUGGAGUGCGCGCACGCUGGCGUGGGCACGCACAAUUGCAAGCACGACGAGGACGCUGGCGUCGAGUGCAGCCACCAAGACCCGAACCUGUAGCCUGGCGGUGCUACCCUGCGAGUGGCCCCUUGGGUUUGCGGGCGUGCCGUGCAGCACGCACGAGCCAGGGUGGACGGCCCAAAAGGUGGUUCAUCUGCACGUGACCUCGUGUGUGUGUGUGUGUGUGUGUGUGUGUGUGUGUUGGAUGAGAGCUCGUACCCGUCAGCACUUCGGAGAGCAGCCACUUCUCAGGAACCCGACCGGGUAGGGGAAGCUGGCUGCCUUUACAACGUCAGACUGAGGGAAGGGGGCCAGCCUUUCUUUGCCGGCGCUGAGUGACAGGCACCAGAACAGCAGGAUCGUGGUCUGAGAAACAUGGCUAAAAUGUGGCAGGUGACCCAGCAGUCCGAAACACCGCAGAAACGAAUGGGUAGUCUGAGAGCCACAGAGAAGGAUCUCGUAGGAUCAGAGGGCCUGUGGUCAUUUGCUGCCCACCAGGGACCAAGCUGCCGAAAGGAAUCAAGCACCCACAAUGGAAGGCAGACUGAAGGGCCUGGAGGACCACUGGAACGAUUUGCUGAGUCCUUCGGGCAUCCUGGGGAGGCUACUGGGUUCCCUCCAUCCCUGAAAGCUGACCCUCACCUAUUCCUGGGACAGAUGCUCUUUUAGGCUCACGGUCCCUUCAGUCCCCAGCUGGGGUGGGGGCGGGGCUCUACUUCAUCUUCGACUGUUUCCAUCCCCUCCCACGGGAUCCUCAGAUUGCUCAGCCUCAUGGGCUAAGUAGCCUGUGGGGUCACCAAGACGACUCACCAGAACUGUGUCAACAAUUUAACUAUUCACAACCCUUCCUUCCCCGUUCUUAUCACCCCCACACAUCUGGAGGCUGGGGUGCAAGGGGUGGAGUAAAGAGGGUGGGGCUGUGGCUUCUUCCCUGCUCUAUAGGGGUCCUUGUACAUGAAGGACCUCACCUCUUCCCUGCUCUAUAGGGUUCCUUGUACAUGAAGGGCCUCACCGGUGGUUUUGUGCCUGGUCCCUGGAGUGAGCUCUGGAUAGCUGUACUUAGCAUCUCAUUGGGGUGGGGCUAGGGACACAACUGAGUCACCAGGCUGGGAACAGAGGGUAUGACCCGUGUCAGGCAGUGUGGCCAGGGCUUUGGGUGAGGCUCCUGGUCCAAGCUUUGCAGGAAAAAGUCAUUCCUGCACUGAGUUCCGAUCUGAACAGGCCUGCGUGGUGUUCCAGGCAGGACACUGGGUGCAGGCUCAGGUUCCUGGUCACCACAGCUGAGAGUGGAGCACUGCUGCAGAGGGUCACCCUGGUUGCUCUGCAACUCUGGAGUCUGGUUGUUCUCUGAAAUGAAAAAAAAAAAUUACUGCACUGUUAAGAAAAGUGACAAAAAAAAGGAAAACAUCCUUCUCUGCAAACCUGUGUAGCCCCAAGGCGGAGCAGCCGGGGAGCCAGUGUCGUCUGCAUCUUUGUAAUGCUGUUUCUGGAGGGGCACAGAGUGUCUACACAGCCUACUGUGGUUAUUGACAGGAGGGGGAGAGUUGGGUGUGGAGGACCGUGUGUUGAGCAGGUGCACCUGGUGUGCCAGGACUGGCUGACAAUCGUCUUUCAACCUUCAGUUCCCAAGACGCCUGCGUCCACCUCUUGCACACAUUAAACCAGAAGCGGGUGGAGGUUCUAGUCCUUGCUAUGUAGCCUGAGGACAGCCAGUCACUUCUCUGAGCCUUAUGGGAAGAUGGCGGUAAUUAACAGGAUCUAUACACACACACACAAAAAUCAAGGUAGCAUUGCAGAUGUAACCAGUGCAUUCCAUGAAUGGAAAGCCCAGCAGUGACUUGGUGACAACCAUGUUGGCAACUGUGUUAGACAGGGAGGCAUGUCACGUGGAGGGGCUGGCACUGAGGUGUCAUGGGAAGAUUCAAGCAGAAGGAGGAACAUGAGCCUCUUCAAGCCAACAUGGAGAACUCUUCCAGCUGGGCAUCGUCGGACCUCUCACCCACUUCGUGGAGGAGAACUAGCCUUUGUGCAGAACUUGCUGCAUGCCAGAUAACUCAGCUGUUAGAUCAUGCCAUCCUGAUGGGGCCCCCAGAACCCCCAACAUCACCAUCCCUCUCUCCAUCCCCACAGUGGCUGUAAAUUGAUGUCCAGGGCUUUGGAGAACCGAGGCCCACUUCUCAGUGCCUCCCCCAUCCUUAUCCUUCCUCAAGCUGUACCUCCAGAUCCCCUCUUGCUACAGGCUCCCAAUAGUUCCUGCUGGGAAAUAGCACCCCAUGGAGGGACAUCCUGGCUAGUUUUUAUUGUCAGUUUAAGACUAGCUAGAGUCAUUUGAGGAGUGGGAACCUCAGCUGAGAAGACACACCCACCAGACUGGUACAUGGGAAAGGCCGUGGGGUAUUUUCUUGAGUAAUGAGUUGAUGAGGUAGGCCCAGCCCACUGUGGUGGUGCCAUCUUUGGGUUAGUGGUCCUGGAUGGUAUAAGAAAGCAGGCUGAGAAAACUACCAUGGGGAAGUGGCCGGGAGCAAGACAGCAGUGUUCCUCCAUGGCCCUUACAUCAGUUCUUGUCUCCAGGUUCCUGAUUUGAGCUCUUGCCCUGAGGGACUAGAAGAUGUAAGCUUAAAUAAAUGCUUUUCAGCCGGG